AUGGACAUUGAACUUGGUUCAUUUCCCAACUCAAAUCACAAUAUGGAACUAGAACAAAUCAAAACUAAAGCUUAUCAUUAUUUGCCUCAAGAUUUUAUAUCAUCUUUAGAUUUAAUUGUCCAAAAUAAUAUUAAAAAAACUGGAACUUUGGGACACUAUGACUUUACAAUUCAAAAAGUAUUAGAUUUUUAUACAAUGUCUAAUAGUCUAAUCAAUCAUAUUGUAACUGGCUUAAAGCAAUUUUUUGGAUAUUAUAUUGGGUCAUUUCGUGAGAUUACUUUAUCAGUUAAAAUUUUUAGAUUCUUUGUUCAAUAUUAUUCAGACAAUUAUCCAAAUUAUGACUUUUACAAUAAAAAUCAAUUACCAAAAUUGAAACAAUUAAUUCUUGUAUCUUCAACAGCUCACUGA